AUGACCGACGAGCCCCCGUCCAAGCGCAAGUGCCUCGGCGUCGACUGCGACAACGAUGCCGGGUCGCUCCAGUGCCCGACGUGCCUGAAACUGGGGAUCAAGGACAGCUUCUUCUGCUCCCAGGACUGCUUCAAGAAGAGCUGGGGCACCCACAAGUCAAUGCACAAGCAAGAAAACAAGACCGGCUACUACAACCCCUUCCCGAACUUUUCCUACACCGGCCCUCUCCGGCCCGUGUACCCUCUCUCGCCGCGACGUGAAAUCCCAAAGACGAUCCCCCACCCCGACUACGCCGCCGAUGGCAUUCCCAAGGCAGGACGGUCCCUCGUGAACCGUAACAAGGUCGAGAUCCUAGACAAGAAGGCCCAGGAUGCGAUGCGCAAGGUCUGCCGGCUGGCGCGGGAAGUCCUCGACAUUGCCGCUGCUGCGGUCCGACCUGGCAUUUCCACCGACGAGAUCGACAGGAUCGUACACGAGGAGUGCAUCAAGCGCAACUCCUACCCAUCGCCCCUGAACUACAACCACUUCCCCAAGUCUGUUUGCACGUCCAUCAACGAGGUCAUCUGUCACGGUAUUCCCGACCAGCGCAUUCUUAUGGACGGCGACAUUGUCAACCUGGACGUCACGCUCUACCAUGAGGGCUACCACGGUGACCUGAACGAGACAUACUACGUGGGCGACCGGGCCAGGGCUGACCCCGACACCGUGCGCGUCGUGGAGGCUGCCAGGGAGUGUCUGGAUGAGGCCAUCAAGCUCGUGAAGCCGGGCACGCUGUACCGUGACUUUGGUAACGCGAUCGAGAAGCAUGCCAAGACCAAGAACACCAGCGUUAUCCGGACCUAUGUCGGCCACGGCAUCAACACGAUCUUCCACUGCCCGCCAAACAUCCCUCACUACGCCAAGAACAAGGCGGUUGGCGAGUGUAAGCCUGGCCAGACCUUCACCAUUGAGCCCAUGAUUGCGCUGGGCAAAUACCGGGAUAUCACCUGGCCGGACAACUGGACCAGCACGACCAUUGACGGAAAGAAGACGGCCCAGUUCGAGCACACCUUGCUUGUUACUGAGGAUGGUGUGGAGGUACUGACCGCACGUCUUCCGAACUCUCCUGGUGGCCCUAUACCGGUCCCCGAAAAGCCGACAAAUGGCGCCGAGUAG